AUGUUAUCUACUAUUUCGCGUUUACAAGCUCCUAAAUCAUUAAUAGGUAGGUCGAUUGUGUCUGGUACCAUUACUUCUACCUCCACUUCCACUAUCCAAAAUUCUCUAUUGUCAGUGACAAAAAGGAGAACAUACUCAACAGAUAAAACUAAAGAUCAAUCAAUACCAAAUACUGAAAACGAUGUCGUCACAAUUGAAUUACCAGAAAAAUCAUUCGAAGGUUAUUUGGUUGACAUUCCAUCAUUAACCUAUCAAACCAGUAAAUCUUCACUUCUACAAAUGUAUAAAGAUAUGGUUAUUAUCAGAAGAAUGGAAAUGGCAUGUGAUGCCCUAUAUAAAGCUAAAAAGAUUAGAGGGUUCUGCCAUUUAUCUGUGGGCCAAGAAGCUAUUGCUGUUGGUGUGGAAAAUGCUAUCACAAAAUUGGAUUCGGUUAUCACUUCCUACAGAUGUCAUGGUUUCACCUAUAUGAGAGGGGCAUCUGUAAAGAGUGUCCUUGCAGAAUUGAUGGGUAGAAGAGAGGGUGUGUCCUUCGGUAAAGGUGGAUCUAUGCAUCUUUACGCACCAGGCUUUUAUGGUGGUAACGGUAUUGUCGGUGCACAAGUCCCAUUAGGUACUGGUUUAGCUUUUGCCCAUCAAUACAAGAAUGAGGACGCAUGUUCUUUCACUUUAUAUGGGGAUGGUGCUUCUAACCAAGGACAAGUCUUUGAAUCGUUCAAUAUGGCUAAAUUGUUUAAUUUGCCUGUUGUCUAUUGUUGUGAAAAUAAUAAAUAUGGGAUGGGUACUGCCGCUUCUAGAUCUUCUGCUAUGACCGAAUACUACAAACGUGGUCAAUAUAUUCCCGGUAUUAAAGUCAAUGGGAUGGAUGUGCUUGCUGUCUACCAAGCUUCUAAAUUUGCAAAGGAUUGGUGUGUAUCCGGUAAAGGUCCAUUGUUAUUGGAGUUCGAGACUUAUCGUUACGGUGGUCAUUCCAUGUCUGACCCAGGUACCACCUAUAGAACAAGAGAAGAGAUCCAAAACAUGAGAUCUAAGAAUGACCCAAUUGCAGGUUUGAAGAUGCAUUUGACUGAAUUGGGUAUUGCUACUGAGAGUGAAGUUAAAGCUUACGAUAAAGCUGCUAGAAAGUAUGUUGAUGAACAAGUUGCUUUGGCUGAUAAAGCUGCCCCACCUGAACCUAAAUUGUCCAUCUUAUUUGAGGAUGUUUAUGUUAAAGGAACUGAGAUUCCAACUUUAAGAGGCAGAAUUCAAGAAGAUACUUGGGAUUUUGAAAAGAAUGAUUUUGCUAAGACCUACUAA